AUGGUUUACGUUACGGAGAAUGUCAAACUACCUCAACGUUUUGCACCGGUCCUCGAUAAUUCGGACUUAAUGGGAGGAGAUCCGUGGAGACAUUUAAGGGAUGCUGUUGAAAAAUGUCUCGAAAUUCAUAAACCUUCUCCAACAGUCGAUCGUAUUCCUGUAAUUAUAUUUGGCAACAAAGGAGAGUGGGCCUGCUGUAAUGAAGAUAUCAGAUCACUUGACGUUGCUGCUAUCUCGUAA